GUCACUGGAUCUAGCCGUGGGAUUGGUGCUGCCAUUGCAUUGCGUCUUGCUGAGCAUGGGGCCAACAUUGUCGUCAAUUAUGUCUCCUCCGCUGCGGCAGCUGAGGUUGUGGCCUCCAAGGCACGCAACUUGGGAGUUGAGGCCAUCACCAUCAAAGCUGAUGUCUCCAGCGGUCAGGAAAUUGCGGCCAUGUUUCAGAAAGCAAAGACUGAGUUUGGCGGAAUUGACAUCGUCAUGAGCAACUCUGGGAUAGAGCACUUUGGAAACUUGGACGAGGUUAAGGAGGAGGAAAUCGAUCGAGUCUUGGGUGUCAACGUUAAGGCGCAGUUCAUUGUGGCUCAGCAGGCGCACAAGCAUCUCAACGACUCGGGUCGAUUGAUCCUGAUUUCUUCGAUUUCUGCAGUCAUGGGUAUUCCAAACCAUGCUCUUUAUUCUGCUUCCAAGGCAGCAAUUCAAGGCAUGGUUAAAUGUCUAGCCUGGGAUUUCGGAAAGCGCAAUAUCACAGUCAACUGUAUUGCUCCAGGCGGUGUAAAGACAGACAUGUAUGCGGAGGCCGCGGCCAAGUACCUGCCCGGAGGUGAAAACAUGACCCUGGAAGAGAUUGAUGUAAAAAUCUCUGAAUGGAGUCCGAUGGGCCGACCAGGCCUCCCUGCAGAUAUUGCUGGUGUGGUUGCUCUGUUGGCUAGCCCUGAGGCUCAGUGGAUCACUGGUCAGACUAUGCAUGCUAGCGGGGGUGCCCAUAUGGUAUAA